AUCAGGAAGUGCGGACCGCGGCGGCGGCGGCGGCGGCGGCGGAGCCCGGAGCGGAGGCCGGAGGCUCCCGGCCCGCCGGCCCCGGAACGGAGCGGAGCGGAGGAUGCAGCAGCCGCAGCCGCAGGGGCAGCAGCAGCCAGGGCCGGGGCAGCAGUUGGGGGGUCAGGGGGCGGCGCCGGGGUCCGGGGGCGGCCCAGGGGGGGGCCCGGGGCCAGGGCCCUGCCUGAGGCGGGAGCUGAAGCUGCUCGAGUCCAUCUUCCACCGCGGCCACGAGCGCUUCCGCAUUGCCAGCGCCUGCCUGGACGAGCUGAGCUGCGAGUUCCUGCUGGCUGGGGCCGGAGGGGCCGGGGCGGCCGGGGCGGGGGCCGCGCCCGGACCGCAUCUCCCCCCACGGGGGUCGGUGCCUGUGGAUCCCGUCCGCAUCCACUGCAACAUCACGGAGUCAUACCCUGCUGUGCCUCCCAUCUGGUCAGUGGAGUCUGAUGACCCUAACUUGGCUGCUGUCUUGGAGAGGCUGGUGGACAUAAAGAAAGGGAAUACUCUGCUAUUGCAGCAUCUGAAGAGGAUUAUCUCCGACCUGUGUAAACUCUAUAACCUUCCUCAGCAUCCAGAUGUGGAGAUGCUGGAUCAGCCCUUGCCAGCAGAGCAGUGCACACAGGAAGACGUGUCAUCAGAAGAUGAAGAUGAGGAGAUGCCUGAGGACACAGAAGACCUAGAUCACUAUGAAAUGAAAGAGGAAGAGCCAGCAGAGGGCAAGAAGUCCGAAGAUGAUGGCAUCGGAAAAGAAAACUUGGCCAUCCUAGAGAAAAUUAAAAAGAACCAGAGGCAAGAUUACUUAAAUGGUGCGGUGUCUGGCUCGGUGCAGGCCACUGACCGGCUGAUGAAGGAGCUCAGGGAUAUAUACCGAUCACAGAGUUUCAAAGGUGGAAACUAUGCAGUCGAACUCGUGAAUGACAGUCUAUAUGAUUGGAAUGUCAAACUCCUCAAAGUUGACCAGGACAGCGCUUUGCACAACGAUCUCCAGAUCCUCAAAGAGAAAGAAGGAGCUGACUUCAUCCUACUUAACUUUUCUUUUAAAGAUAACUUCCCCUUUGACCCACCAUUUGUCAGGGUUGUGUCUCCAGUCCUCUCUGGAGGGUAUGUUCUGGGCGGAGGUGCCAUCUGCAUGGAACUUCUCACCAAACAGGGCUGGAGCAGUGCCUAUUCCAUAGAGUCAGUGAUCAUGCAGAUCAGUGCCACACUGGUGAAGGGAAAAGCACGAGUGCAGUUUGGAGCCAACAAAUCUCAAUACAGUCUGACAAGAGCACAGCAGUCCUACAAGUCCUUGGUGCAGAUCCACGAAAAAAACGGUUGGUACACACCCCCAAAGGAAGAUGGCUAACCCUGGAGUGUCAUCCCCUUCCUCCUUCCCCAGGCACCACUGGACCAAUUACCUUUGAAUGCUGUAUUUGGAUCUCACGCUGCCUCUGUGGUUCCCUCCCUCAUUUUUCCUGGACGUGAUAGCUCUGCCUAUUGCAGGACAAUGAUGGCUAUUCUAAACGCUAAGGGAAAAAAACAAACACAGAACUGUUUCAAGUACUCAAGACUGACUUACAGACCAACCAACCACCUUGCUGGAACCCUUGCUAGCAGGCAUUCUUAUAAAAGAAACUCUCGAGCCUCCUUAUAUUGCUGGAAACUCAGCCGUGCUCCAGACUAGAGCCUCCUUACCUAUGCUAUGGAUUUUUAAUUUAUUUUCUCUUAUUUCAUGUACACUGCUUUUUUUGGUUACAGUGUAUGAUGGAUGUGUAUGAAAAAAAAUGUAUCUUUGGGAAAACAAUUACAGUUUGUUAAUUUGAA